AUGAAGGUCCUUACCAGCAUCUUCGCCAUCGCCACUGCUGUCUCUGCAGCAGCAACAACACCAACCUCAAGCGCCGUACCGGUAUCAUUGAGAUGCGCACUGCAUCCGACCUCUGCGGUCCCCUGGACACACCCAUGUGCUGUGGCACCGAUGUGCUCGGUCUUGCUGACCUGUCCUGCUCCUCUGCUCGGUAGUCUUGGUAGUCUUGGUGUUGUAUGCUCUGCUGCUUGA